GGUCCGGGACGCAUGUCAGUUUUUCGAUGGGCCGCUGCAAGGACGCUCAGCAAGUAUCGGGUACGCUUCAAAGCUCGCACAGCCAACUUCAGCAGAAUCUCCGGCGGACACUUCUCCGUUCUCGCCAAGUCAUGUUUUGUAUGUUGAAAGCACUGUCCCGAGCAUUGCCGGUGAAACCUCGAGGACUCGACACGAACAAUAUUAGUCACGCUUCAAGAUUUACCUGCCGGCAACUUUGACGUCUGGAGCGAGAACUCCAGAACCCACUACGUAAUCGGAUCGUUUUACCCUUUACUAUAUUGCAUCCAACCGGAUUGAGGCUGCGAUCCCGAACGGCAUGAUGCAGCAGUGACCACAUAUGUUUGCGUCGCGUGCUGAGCCUUUGUUUAUCGCGUAUCGAGUCUUAAAGCUUAAGCUGGUUCAGCUUCAUGGCAUGCCAGGAUUUUUUUCAGCCAUUCAUGUUGGACACGAUCGUGAUUUCACAGUCCGCUCGGCGAGCUUUGAACAUUGGCAAACAAUCGCAAGCUGGAGCGCUGGGACUUCUCAUUUAUGAACACAUUAUUACCAUCGAGGACGAGGUUGAUCUUAUUUGGAUGAAAAGGACAAGUUGGGUGACAUAUCUCUAUCACUUCAACCGCUGGCUUCCAGCGUCAUGGCUUAUUUUCGACAUCAUACAACUAAGCCCAACUAACGUGGCGUCAUCCAAAACCUGUGUCACUUACAUGCUAUGCAAUAAUAUCAUCGCACUCCUUAUGACGAUCUCUGUUCAAACAAUCCUGCAGCUUAGAGCGUGGGCAAUUUAUGGCCGAAGUCGCAGGGUCUUCUUUUGGAUGAUUGGCUUGAGUAUAAUUGAGAUCACAGCAAUGGCGCUUCUCAUCGGCGUGACAAUCGCCCGCGUGGAAAGAUUUCCGGUAGUCUCUACCCCAGUGGGUUGUGUCUUUGAGGGUCUUGCCCCUCUCUCUGCUAUCUUUUGGACACCAGCGCUGGUUAUCGAACCCAUCAUUUGUAUACUCGUCCUCAAGAAAGUUUUGCUGGACCGACAAGCACGCAGUGAACUUGCAAUGUUUCUGGCCCGUGAUAGUUUAUUAUACUUUCUCGUAAUAUUCAUGGAACUCGUAGCAUCAACCGUUGUUUGGGCACGAUUUCCUGAUUACAUUGACCUUUUCAUGCCAUGGUCUAUGGCUUUACCAUCCUUGCUCUGCAACCGUCUCCUACUCAACAUGAGGGGGCGUUUCGCCAGGGAUUCUGAACCUCUGCACUCCUCGAUUGAACUUGUAACUAUCCAAACCAGCCCGGACUCAUCGAGAGCGGAUGAAGAGUAAAAAGACAUAUGCACCUCAGCACGAAUUCAACCUCUAUGAUAAUUCUUUUUAAAGUGGGUCUUUUGUCCGCAGUACUUUGGUGUAAUAUAGUGGCUUGCACAGAGGCUAAGUGAGUUGCCGUCUUUAUCGUCCAGAUGUUGUUAUAACUGAUAAUAUCCUCAGGCCUUGCUGAGCCGGGCUGACUGUUUGCAUUCCACUG